GGCGCGUCAGAGCUUCGUAACACCGGACCGUUUCGACUGUGCUCCGCCAGCCACUUUACGAUGAAGCAGCUUAUUUCCUGGCCAUGCCUUUUUGUCCUGAUGUCGAUCUCGUGCAUCGACUUCGGACACUGCCAGCUGUACCGGCGGCUUCGCCUGGUACCGCCGAUGAACGCUACCGCCUUUUGCCCAAACAUGGUCGCAGCCGGCGCAGACAGCUACACCAGGACCUUCUGGUUCUAUCCCAACGGUAGCCGCGUCGUCAACGGUGACAGAACCACAGUCGACGAAUCCCUUGGUGUCCUAGACGUCAUCGACCCGACUAACGAAGACCUGGGCGUGUACAAGUGCGUCUCGCUCACCGGUUCAAGUACGGCCGACGCCAACGCCACCAUGGCGUUCGUGGAGAUCUACAGUGCCCAGCGCAGGUCGUUGACGGAGAGGCUGUGGAUCGGAGGCCUGGCGGCGAUGUGCGUGCUCGUCGUGGUGCUAUUCGUGAGCCUCGUUAUGAAAUUCCGGUACAGAAAGCCGCCGGUCGAGAAGCGCGGAGGUGUAUCCACGGACCCGGCCGCCGGAGUCGUUAACAAGAGGUUCGAGGUCGAAGAGAUGUCCACUGUUUUCUAAAUGCUCCUAGUCGGACUUCUCAGCUUGACUGACCGAGACUGAGUCGCUGUCGUGUCUGUGUAAUCAGUUCUGUCGGUGGACUUCGUGUGUGACGUUUUGUCGACAGAACCAAAUGAAUCCAGCAGACGAUUAGGCCAAGUAAAGCGUAGUGUCAUUCAUUUUUUUGUCUUUUGAAGUAAAGUGUAACAAUUUAGACGUAAACUGAAACGACCUAAAGUGGACAAAAGUCACAAUUUCUGUCGGUGGGAUUCGAACCUCAAAAGGACAGACUGAUGGGCUACUUAGUAGCGCAUAAUUCUGAAUGGUAGCGCAAAGAAGCACACGCACGGCGACAGAGUUGUUAGUUAGCGCUGUGUCCCGUCUUGAUCUGUCGCCGUCCGUGUCCUUCUUUGCGCUACCGUUCAGAAUUAGGAUUCGAACCCCCAACCUUCGAAUCCGUCGGUGGGUUCCGAACCCACCGACGGAAGUGGCGAUUUUUUGUGCACUCUAUUAACUUCAAUUUACGUCCCAACUAUUACACUAUAGAGAAAGAAACCAAUUAUUAUUCCCUGUGCUUUCUUGGCCUAAUCGCAUAUUGGCUUCAUUUGAUUGUCUCUAACAAAGAAGAAGGCACCUCGAAAAAAUUUCGCUUGUUUCAUUCGUUUUGGUGACAGUUUAUUUGUUCGUUUGUUUAUGUAGGUGAGAAACAUAACAAUACUCUUUGCGUCUCCUUUAUCUGAAGCAAUCGAGUAGCGUUACUGG